AUGGCAUCCAAAGAAGGGUUUCCUGCUCUGGGCAAUUCAUUAGAUGCUGCGACUCCGUCAAAGCUGUCCAAGUUUAGGCUCAGACACACAGAUCAGUCAGAAACUCAUACUCACGAUCUUGAGCAUUUGAAAACAGAUGAGCGGCAUCUGGUGAAGUUUGAAGGGCCAAAUGAUCCUUACAACCCAUUAAACUGGAGCUUUCACAAAAAGGCUAUUACUACCGUCUUAUAUGGACUUAUCACAAUGGGCUCUGCAUGGGCAAGUUCUGCAUACUCGCAAGCCAUCUCAAGUAUUGAUAAACAGUAUCAAACUUCCGAAGACGUUGGGACACUGGGUAUAUCGUUGUCCUUGUUUGGGGUUGGACUCGGUCCUCUCUUCCGUCUCAAAGACAUAAAGUCUAUCUUGAUUACCCGAUUUUUCACUGGGUUCUUCUGCUCCGCUCCUAUCACGAAUGUGGGAGGUGUUCUGGCCGAUAUUUGGACUUCACAACACCGCGCCAUUGCAGUGACAAUAUACGCACUCACCCUGGUUUCGGGAACAGUCAUUGCGCCUGUGGUGGGUGGGGCCAUUGAAGUGACGAAUCUUGACUGGAGGUGGACUGAAUAUGCAAGUUUUGAUCUAGCUACUUCAAAGGUCAUCCAUUCUAAAUAUGUCGCAGAUUACUGGAAUGAUUAUGGCACUCUCGCUCAUCUUGGGCAUGAUUUUCUUGGACGAAAGCUUUCCGCCGGUUCUGUUGGUCUACAAGAGCCGUCAACUCCGUCUACGAAAGCGCUAGUCGGAGCUUUGCCGUUUCUAGCCCUUCUCUUCGGUAUCUUGCUUGGUGCGGCGGUCAACAUAAUCAACCAAAGAUUUUACAGUCGGCGAUUCCAGGACAAUAACAAUCGUCCUGUUCCCGAAGCCCGACUUCCACCAAUGAUAAUCGGCUCGAUCUUUUUUGCUGCUGGACUUGGCUUCUUCACCAUAUUCCAGGCCGCGUUGAAUUACCUGAUUGACACUUUCCAGAAAUACUCUGCCAGUGCUGUUGCGGUCAACACGUUCCUGCGGAGUGUCUUUGCAGGAUGUCUCCCACUUAUUGCGAAUGCAAUGUUUCGUUAA